GCAGUGCGUCAUCCUGCCGUGUGUGUGACGUAGGUGGUGUAGCGACGCAGCAGCGAUGUUUACAUCUCAGGCUUCUUCUUUCCAAGAGUCUCUCGACGUAGAAGAUAGAGAUGCAGACUUCGAUAGCGAAGACCUGGCCGCAUAUGGACAGAAAAUACAGCAGAUUAACUGCUAUUAUUCUAUAUAUUAUUAUCAGAGCGCGAGAUGUGAAUCUUCGGAGGAGAGCGUAUCCUGGAGCCAGAGGAGAGCCGACUCCACUACGAGCCAGGAGGACUUUAGUCUAACCCUAUUGGACAGCAGCCUGCCAUCGGAGGCGGAGCCUGAGCUGCGAAGCUACAUUUCACGCAGACUGAGUAAAGGAGCCUUGCUAGGUGGCAUGGGCAACAUCGCUACGGUGGAGCUGAGCCUUCCCGAGCAGGCAGUGGGGUGUUACUGCUGCUUCCUGGAGCAGGAGAAAUCUCCGGAACAGCCCGAGGCGAACGGAAACGGCUGGGUGGUUUGUCUCCUCGGAGGCUCAGAGAAAGGCCUCAACCUGUUCAGAAUCGAGCUGGAUAAGUACGUGCAGGGUCUCCAGAGCAGCCUGACGCCUGAAAUGCAGAAUCUGGAGUCGGAGAUCCGGCCCUAUCUGAGCCGCUGGUACGAGGAGUCCGUCAUGCACAUCCACCGAGUGGUGCAGCUGAUGCAGGCCAACAUCACCUUCCUGCUUCAUGCUGCUUUGAGUCACACGCACGUGGAGGUGACCGGAGCAGACGAGAAGACCAAGACGGACGUGGCGAGGUUCAUUAAAGCGGCGAGUCUUCAGGGUCUGGUGCAGGAGGAACCGAACACGACGUCGCUGUGUAAAGCCAUUUCUGAGGCCUCGCACUCGGACCUGCUGAUCGACUGCUCCAGCGGAGAGACGACGUUCACCAACGCAGUGACUAACCGGUUCUGUGACGAGUGGAUCCAGGCGUUUGUGAACGCAGCUGAGCGUUUUAACCCGUUCCUCCUGCGCCAGAUCCUGGAGAACUUCAAGCUAAAGGCCAUCCAGGACAUGAACAACCUGAAGCGCUUUAUCCGUCAGGCGGAAAUGAGCCACUACGCUCUGUUCCGCUGCUGCCUCUUCCUGCAGAGCUGCGGGAACGGAGACGUGCUCCUGCAGAACGCUCGAGCCGAGCACAGCGGCCUUCCCGAAGCCUGCAGCAUCAUCCGCGUGCUGGAGGAGUUCCUGAGCGAGCAGGCUGUGAUCACGGCGCAGUGACGCACCACGACCUGCAGGGGGCGCUGACGAUUUACUCCAGAGAAAGAAGUAGCAUCCAACAUCCAUGUGCAUUCCACUUUCCUCUCAGUGUGUGAUCAGGAAUUAGUGCUGAUGCUGACGGUGCAGUGAGGCGACGUGGCCUGCAGGGGGCAGCGCGGAAAUAAAAUGUAAAUAAAAUACAUUCCUACGUUCCCUGUCGCUCUUAGUACUCGACUGUGAAUAGAAAUUUUGCUCAUGAGUUGAUCCAGGGUGAGUGUCACGCAUCCAGUCGAAGUA